UUCUCGUCUACAUUUUACUCAACGCUAUUGAGGCGGUUUUCCGAACCCUGACAAUAAAGAAAAAAUCAAGAACCACACUGGUAAACACAGACUAGUGGCAAAAUCAUUAAGUAAAAACAUCUUUUUAAACAAACUGAAAAAAUAAAUCUAUAAAAAAAACAACAAAUCGCUGAAUAUUUAUUACAAAAUACGACAGAUAUCUACAAAAGAGAUAUGGAAGUAAGUUUAGAGCCAUCAAAUGAAGGCGUAGAACAAAAAGAUUGCAAAAAUAAGUCGGAUAAAACUAUGAGCGAAAUGCAAGUUGUGGUCUUACCAUCAGUAGCAACAGCAGCAGUUGAAACAGCUAAUAGUGCUAGUGCAGCAGCUAUAAAUAAUACAAAUCAAAUGGGGGAGAAUGCAAGUGCAGCAACACUCUCGUCUAAAGCUUUAAAACGAUGCUUAAGUGUGCCAAUACCCAGAUCCCAGCCACCAUCUAGGGAAGUAUCGCCAGCUCCUGUUUUUAAUAUAUUUGCACCACGCGGAAGACGUUAUUCGGCAAGUUAUAGUCCAGCCCGAGGGGUACCAGCAUCUAGCACAACUGCAGGUUCGGGCAACACAGGCAGUGUAGGUCUUGGUGGUGGAGGAGGAUGCAUGAAUUCAGCCGGAGGUAGAACUGAUUCUUCUCGAUGUGUAACACCACGUAUUUCCCAAUUGAGGCAGGAGGAAUGUGUUGAUGGUUUGAAUAUGCGUGAAGUAACCCAUGAACGUGAAGUUCAUUCGGCCAUACAAAUAUCACAAAGUUGGGAGGAUUUGUCGUUGGUAGCUGAGAGUUGGUCUUGCAAGUCUUCAGAUGAAUUAACUAAUCCUCUACAGGUAAUGGUUGGUGGCGGCAUGAGCAGUGGCAACAGUUGCUCCAGUCCUAGCCCAACAAACAAUCGCACUAACUUACGUCUUCCAUAUGGUUUGUCACCAUCGCCUACACGUCGCAGUACCUUUGCCACACGCCGCUCAAUGUCUCCCAUAGCUAUUAGACCCUCUCAAUUGGGACCGGUCAAGAGAAAAUUUGAACUGGAUGAGGGUUCUUCAACAAGUUCGUGGGGCUCUUUGUAUUCACAGCCACCGUCAAAGAAAAUGUUUUGCGAAAGUCGCGGCUCUUCACCCAUAUGCCAAUCACCUUCGGGAUCUGUGUGCCCCAGUCCAGAUUCGGGUACUGGCAACUAUGAUGGUCGCAUAACUCCUAAACUGUUGAUAUCAAAAUUGUGCACCAAUAAUGCAACAAAUACAAAUUCUGCAUGUUCCUCACCAAUGUCGGCUUCAUCUUGCAGUGAUGUUAUUGAAUCUACAGUCGCAGCCGUAAAUGCACACUGUUCUUCAUCCUCAUCAUCUUCCUCCUCCUCCUCUUCGUCUUCUUCAACAUCCUCCAACUCUCUGGUGUCCAGCAAUAGUGAACCCAUGAGUAUUGGCAGCAGUUUAGAAGAAACCAUCACAAUUGCCAAUAAAUUGGCUAUGCCAACCAUGCAGGAUGAAUCAACACUAAUGGAUGUCAUAAAGCCAGACACGACUACAUCGGUAAACUUGGAGGCUUGUACGAAAAUGUUAGUAGAACCAAUGGUAACUAGCACAACUACUUUAAAUAAUCCAGCGGUAAUUUUGGAUGACAAAAUGUAAGCAUGUGUUAAAAUUUAUUUUGAAAAAAAAAAACAAAAAUACAUUAGAAUUUAGUUAGUCUUUAUUUAAAACCUAUUAUUAUAAUCCUAAAAAAUCAAGCGUUAUUGUUAGUGUGAGUCAUUUAGUUUA